AUGGGUAACCAAACCCUAAACCAAUCCAACAACCAACACCAACAUCAAUACCAAGACUACCCUCCCCAAAACCAAAAUAACUGUAAUAACCAAUCGGGAGGUAGUAACAACCAAAGACCACCGACACCACCACAUCUAACCCAUACCCAAAAUUUACGCCAAAACCAACGAGCACCUACUCCACCAAAUCAAAACCGUCCUCAAAACCAACGUCAAAAUCCACUUCCACCAAACCCCAAUAACCGAAAUGUUAACCCCAAUCAUGGGGCUAACCAAAAUUGUGGCAAUCCCACGAAUGAGCCUCAAAUUCUCGACCCCAAAGAGUUGAGAAAUAACAUCAGUGAUGCCAAGCCAUAUAGUGUUCUGGGCUAUCAUUCACCGGAACGGGUCAGUGUGCAUUCGGAAUAUUCAGGGGGAGAUGGGAAUUAUGAAUAUAGGAAUUUUAAUGGGUUUGAAGACGAUGGUUGGGAUGAGUACGACAACAAUGGAAACUUCUAG